CCACCCCUGCGAGUGAGGCCAUUUCUUCAAACCGUAAAUGAAACAAAAGAGACACAUUUAGAAGAAAGAAAAAUCGUAGUGACAGUGUGUGUGAAAGUAGUUGAUGAGCAGAGAUGCCCGAAAUCCCUCAUCAACUGAUCCGCGAGGUCCAGAUCCGUACCCGUGCAGAUGCGGGUCUCUCUGAUUACAACCCGUCGGACCCGACCCUACCCGCUCUGCCGUCUCUCUCCGCCGCAAUUGCCACCACCGAACCCGACCGCUGCAAAAAUUGUAAAGGGAAGCUCCUCAGAGGAUCAGAGUCCAUCAUCUGCGUUUAUUGCGGCAUCGGUCCCCAUUACGACGUCGUUCCCGAUCCCAUCUGUUUUACUUCCACCGUCGGCUACCAGUGGUUGCUCCGCUCUCUCCGUCUCAAUGGAUCGGAAAUGGUUGAUCCCGGGAACAAAGGUGAUCAAGAUCAAGUACAGCGCUCUCCUAAAGCCUUACCCAGACUGUCUGAUUUCUUAAAUUUUAAGAUACAAUGGCCAAUUGAAUCAGAUAAGGACGAGAUUAGUUUCUCAGACAAGCAUUCAGAAGAGACUAAAAGAUCCUCCUUGAGUUUACCUGGAUUCGCUCCCGAUAAAUUCUUUCUUAAUUCAAAGGGCAACGUCCUCUCUGAUACGUCCAUUGAAAAGUCAUUUAUUCAUAACCAGUUUCACACUGCUGAUAGAAAAGACGUUGCAGCUUUUGAAGAUCAAGAUUUAUUUCAAAAUGUUCAAUCAUCUAAUCCAGCUGAAAUCUCUUCCGAGCACAAGAUUAGUGAAGCUUUUUCCGAGUGGGAUGCAGAUUUUCAAUCUGCCGAUUUUGAAAAUCAACACAUUGGUGACAAAUCAUCUGAGCAAUUUGCAGAUUCCUCAGCUAGUUCUGGAAUUAAAUUCCAGGAUCCUUUAUCCUUAGACCCUUCAACCGGUUUGAAGGUCGAUCUUUCAGACGAGAUAGAUUCCGUGUUUGGACCUGGAAAAGAUCUGAAUGAUGGGGAAUUAAACGACAAUCCAGCAGUUUCUCCAGCAUUUGAUGACUGGGAUUGGAAUAACCUGAGCUCUAACAAGUCCGAUUUUUCUGGUGUGAUUGAUGCUACUGUCAGCACUAAGAACGGCAUGGAGGAUGAUUAUGGAUUAGAAUAUUCCAAGAAUCUUUCGAGCGGUGAUGAUUUGUUUCAAGACUUCCAAUCUCCUACCAACUAUUCAGAGAUGGCUGAGAAUAAGAACAAUGUCGAGGAGCGUGGAUUGGAAUAUUCUAAGGAUCUUUCCAUCGGCGAUGAUUUGUUUCAAGACUUUCAAUCUCCUACCAACUAUCGAGAUAUGGCUGAGAAUAAGAUCGAUGUUGAGGAGCAUAAUAAGACAAUGGAUGAGGAUUUAUUCGAAGAAUGGGAUGACUUUACGGGCUCUACCAGCUCUCAAGUUGCUUCCCAAAGUGCUUGGACUGGAGGUGAUUAUCAAGUUUCAACUUCUGAACAAAAGUCGUCGGAGAUGGAUUUUUUCAGCUCGAACAAUCAUUUUGUGGAAGUAGAUUUCGGUGGAUUUUCCCAACCAAAUCUGUUUUCUGCCUCAACUAGCAAUAGCAAUGUCCUUACAGAAGCCAAUUCUAUUGUGCCAGAAAUUCCAAACUGGCUAAGUGAUGGUAACGAAGCUGCAAAAAAUGUGGUGGAUGCUUCUGAAAAAUCCACAAAAGAUGAAGUGAUGAUGCUGAUUUCCCAGAUGCAUGAUCUUUCUUUCAUGCUCGAUACCAAUCUUUCUAUCCCCACAGGUUCAGACACCCAUAAUUCUUCUGCAAAAGAUUGAGACUCUGGGUGUUUAUUUAUUUAUUUUUUUUCUUUGUUUCUUUUCAUCAUCUGGUGUGUUCACGUUCACUUCUGGGACAUUUUUAUAAACAAGUCCCAUUUUUUUGUAUUAUUCUUUUUUUUUUUUUUGUAAGCUACGAUUCUUGUAGAUGCAGCAUCAGGUCCAUUUUUUGUGUGGAAAAGAGAUGUAGUUUUUUUUUUUU